CUGCUAACAGAGAAACAAAUUAUCAAAGCUAUCGGUGCUAAAUUUAGGGCAUGUGUUUAACCCGAAGGAAAUGAGAGAUUUUGCAGGAUUAUUAGGGACUUGAUUCCCUGCAAAUUAACUCCUGAUUUGUUUGUUAGUGCUAGUGUUCGGCUAUGGACAACGCUGGGAGCACGCCACCAAAAUGUCCAUGUGGAUUUUGGGGAUCUCCACAGACGUUAAAUUUGUGUUCAAAGUGUUACAAGGAUGAAUUACAAAGGAAGGGGAAACAGGAGCAGAGAAAUGCUGCAGUUUCAGAAAAUAAAUCUAAAAUUCAAGAUUCCAACCGAAAACAAUCUAAGCAAGACCUCGGAAAGGAGCCCUGGAGCACUGAACCGAACUGUGAAAUUCAACUGGAUCGGAACAAUUCAAAGUGUAUGAAAACAGAAACCGUAACAGCGGCUGAAGGGAAAGGAUCCCAGGAAACAAGCGAAGAACAAGAAUCAUCGAAUAACACGACAGAGAACAAACCAGAUGUUUCUAAGGAUGCUCCAGUCCAAAAGAAAAGAAAACGAUGUUGGACAUGCAAUGCAAAGCUCGAACUUGCUCAGCGGGAACUGGGAAACUGUAGAUGCAGUUAUGUUUUCUGUCAGUUGCAUCGGUUGCCAGAGCAGCAUAAUUGUGUCUUUGAUCACAAAGAAAGUGGUCGGCAAGAGGCCAGAAAGAAGAUGGUCAGUCCAGGACCGAAGAAAGUAGGAAGAUCUUUCCAGAGAAUAGAUGAAUAAUAUGGAGUUUAAUGAGGACAGCUUAAAAAAUGUAACUAAUGUUGAGUUCUUCAUAAAUGGCUGCUGUUAAUUUUGAGGGAUAACUCAUGGUAAAUAAAUAGUUGGUAAUGACGAGCUCACCUGCUUAUAAAAAGAACCCUCUGAAAACACAAUUUAUUCAUUAAGUUAAAUAAUUAUAUGGAAUGGCUUAAUUAGUUGUUAAUCGACUGAGUGGCAGGGAGAAAGGAUGAGAAAGCAUUGAACUCAGUUUUAAGACUUAAUAUAACAUGUAUUCUGAUUUAUUUGAGGCUAGGACAUGUGUGUUCAAGGCAGAUUGUUUCACUACUCAGCCACACCUAACUGUGUAGAUUGGCCAGGAUAAUUAAUACACUAUGUAAAACAGCUUGUAAUAUUAUUAUAAUUGGUAUGAGGGCUAAUAUAACCUGCAAUCAGGUGGCAUUCUUUUGAUUUGGAAAAAAGGACGCUUGAUCGCAGGUUAUAUGGGGAUAGGUCUGGCUAUUGUAUUAACACAAUUCUAACAUGUAGAAAUGGAAUAAUAACACUGCAGAAACUGUAUGCAAACCACUGUAAGAUAAAUGCAGAGGAAGCCAAAAUUGCAGAUAUUAGAAAGGUAAUACUUGAUUGUUGUUGGGCUUAACAACAAUCAAAUGCUAGAAGAAUAGUUUCAGUAAUAAUCUAGAAGGUAUUUCUGGUGCGGGUAUUUUCAUGGAGGUGGGCUGGAACCUAUCUGUACUUUUAGAAGUUUCUGUUCAAGAUUUGUUGGAAUAUCAUUUAGGAUGGGAAGGAUCUUUUGCACUCAUACAAAUAAGGGCUACACAAUAACUGGUCAUAAAAAACACUGAUGAUGAUACAGAAUACAAAACAUGCUUUGUGGUCAUCAAAAUCUGACAACGAACAUUCAAAAUAUUAAAGCACACUGUAACAAUAUAAAUACGAAACAAACUCCAUAGACAAAUACUGUUGUAUGGAGCAAAAUGGCCUUUGUAACUGCAGUUUUGUGACAUGAAACACUAGUACAGCAAGGGGCUUCAUAGGAGUGGAAGAAAUUUUUGCUUUUGUGAAGCUAUGGCCAUUUGUGGGAACUUACUAUUGUAGAUUCUGUCUGUGUCUGUGUUUUAGAUUUGGGGGGCUUUUUUCUGGGUUGAUUUAUUGUCGGAAUUUUACAGUAUUCCACCAUUGAACAAUUGCAAUGUAUUUCACUUGACUUGACCAGCUGUCGGAGCUUGCAAUUAAAAUAUUUAGACAAGAAUCUCUUUGGUGAAUACUUGUGGUGUAUAGAUUAAACUUAAGUCGGUAUGUAUGAGAGUACAAGUCCAAAAUUGACAAAGUCACCGUUAUGUAAGCUGCUUGUUAACUAUGUGACAGACUCCUACGUUCUUUAUUUGAAAUCCCCACAAUGUGCCACUCAUUAAUAAUUGGGCAUAAUGCAGUGCAACACAUAGAAGUCAUACCAUGAGAGCUUAUGAACCAGUGUUUUUUGACUGAAGUUACUGAAAAUGGCUGACAUACUUACAUAGCCCACUACAAACACAGGAGAAAGCUGGGGAGAAAUUGGAGGUUUAUCUGAUCUCAACCCAGAGACUAAAGUUUUGCCCCCAAAUUCUCAAGUUUCUCCAUCAAGCAAGCAAGCAAUCUAUAUUAUUUUAUCUUUUAAAAUAAAAGUGUGCCAAAAGA